AUGCUGGCUCAGAGGUCGCUGACCAUGCCGUUCUCUCCAACGCCCCCUCGACGCCUCGGGCUGCGGCACUCGUCCUGGAGGCCGAUAAGGUCUUCCCACAGCAGGUCGCCCAAUUUCCUCAGUAAGCCGUUCUAUCUGCGCGUGCGGCUGGAGGAGACUGGAGAGAUAUACCGGUUGUCCAGCUGCUACGGCGACACCACCGUGCGGGAGCUGAAGGAGGCGUUAGAUCUGAUGGCCGGGAUUCCCUUGCACUUCCAGCGCCUCUUGUACCUGGACCAAGGAAUUUUGAUGGAUGAUUCCACAUUAGGGUUCCAUGAUAUUGUUCCUGGUGGAAUUAUUUCAAUGUAUAUUUGGCAUCAGGAUGGAUGGCAAGAACUUGUUUUGGCUGCUGUGGAAGGGGACAUUAGUAAGCUGUCUUGUCUAGGUGUUACUGAAGACUCUCUAUACAGAACUCCACAUUCUAUACGUUUAAGAACAGAGAAAUAUAAAGAAUGGAUAGCUGACAGAGCUUUUGUGGCUUUGUAUAUCGCAACACAUAGAGGCCAUUUUGAAGUUGUACGUUUUCUCCUAGAAAAUGGUGCAAGUUGUCUGGCCAAAACACCAGUGGGUAGAACUGCUCUUCAUGUUGCUGCAGCCAUGGGACACGUCGACUGUAUAAAUCUACUUCUUGAUUAUGGGGCACUUUUAAAUGAGAAGGACUUACAUGGGGAAACACCAGCAGAAAUAGCACGCCGCCUGAAGCGUAAGCAGAGCAUCCAGGCAUUCUGCAUGUAUCAGAUGAAGUUGAGAACAACUUAUGGACGCUCCAAAUCAAAUCAUCAUCGUUCAGUUCCUCUACUCCACUGA